AUGGAUGUUGACCUUGUUGAAUUCUUGCUGGAAACUAGGCUGAAGGCCUUUGAUUGGAUUGUCAAUCUGGACCCAAUGCAGUUGGAGUAUGAUUCUCCCAAUUUGGUGCAACGGUUUCUGCUGGUGCUCUUCUCUUAUCAGACCACACGGAACAAGCCAUGGAAAGAGUGCAAUCCACCAGCAAUUCCCCACGGGAGUGCAACUGCCAAUUUUUGCUACAGGCCAGAUUAUGUAUCCGGUGAAGCUACAUCGCAUGUAUGGGGUGAUCAGUGGCUCUCUGCCAGUCACGAAUGCAAGUGGGCAGGAAUUAUCUGUGAAACUGUGCAAGCAGAGGAGAGGACAGUGGUUGAGCUGCGUCUUUAUUGGAAUGAUCUUAAUGGCCCUCUUCCCUGGGAGAUCACGAGAUUGCCACUGCUAAGAUUUCUACGGCUCAACGACAACAUGCUGACUGGAGCACUGCCAACAGGACUCUUUUCCAAAAAGGCAGGUGUUGCCCUGGAAUCUCUUGCUUUGUACUCGAAUCAAUUUUCAGGCACUAUUCCUGCAGAAUGGGUUGCAAACCUUCUUGAAGGAAGUGGAAAACUUGCCAAUAUUCAUCUGAAUCGAAACACAUUGACCGGGAAAAUUCCAUCAGAGUUGGGUCUACUUGCUAUCAAAUCUCUUUCACUUGCAAACAACAAACUUACAGGUUCUAUUCCACAAGAAAUAUUCAACCAAACUUCACUUGAAUCCCUUUUCUUGAGCAAAAAUGACCUCACUGGGACAUUGCCAAGCGAAGUUGGACUGCUCACUGAUAUGAAAUACCUGAACUUGAAUUACACGCAGAUUUCUGGUUCCUUGCCCUCAGAGAUUGGCCUGUUAAACCAGCUUCAGGAACUCUUUCUCUCUAACACUAACAUGCAAGGGACAAUUCCUGAGGAACUCUACAUGGGACUUGACAAUCUCUUGUUCUUUGGCUUGGAUGGUUGCAACUUUACUGGGACCAUCAGCUCGUCAGUUGGUCUUUUUCAGACAAAGCUCCGACACUUGUACCUAGCCAAUAACAACUUCCAUGGCACCCUCCCCAAUGAGAUUGAUGCAUUGACACUUCUAAGGGAAAUUCUGGUGAAUGGGAAUGAUCUAUCUGGGACAGUUCCCGUCUCUUUCUGCCAGAACCGUUAUGCUGGGGGGAAAGCUUCGAAGGUUGUGGCCGACUGUUUGCCUAACCCGGAAACAGGAGUCCCUGCCAUCCAGUGUCCUUCUGACUGCUGCACGAGUUGUUGUGAUGAGACAGGACUUUGCCUUGCCAAUUGA